AUGUCUUCUCCCAACAACAAGUCGCCUUCUGCUCUCAACCUCGAUGGUGCCGGCGACGAGAAACCCCGGCUGACUGAAGAGGAAAAGAAGCAAAACCACAUUGCAUCAGAACAAAAGCGUCGGCAAGCAAUCCGCGAAGGCUUUGAUCGUCUGACAGAGCUUGUGCCCGGUAUGGAAGGACAGGGGAGAUCCGAGGGCCUUGUUCUCAAGCGUACAGUGGACUACAUGCAUGAUCAGAUUGCAGAGCGACAAAGAUUAAUUGCACGAAUUGAAGCUGCUGGCGGCCAAGUGGAUGAGCAACACAAGAGGGCUUUAUACCAGCAAGCUCAACAAUUUUCGAACCUACAAAAUCAGACAAGAAACUAG